GGAAUGAGAAAGGAAUCUCUCUUCUCCAAAGGAAGCUAUUAUUUACAUGGCAAUAAUUAAGAGUCCUAGCCACAAACUGAGAGGAACCCAAAUAAUAAUUAGAUUAUUUAUCCCUCAUUGUUUCCAAAGCAAGCUUCAGAAGCUUAUUUAUUGAUUCACUUAGUUAAUCCAGAUAUUGUCUUAUUUGUCCAACGAGAGGGGCUACAGUAGUAAGUUCAGAGAGUAGUCAUGGGUAGCAAACAUGGGAACAACAACUCCCUCUGUGAGAAGUCAAUGAAGAUGGUGGUAAACAUCAUAAAACUGUCUUCCUUUUCUAUUGCUAAGAUGAGUCUGGGAACACCUAGUCCUCCAGUUGCCACCAAAAGCCUUGCCCAUGUGACAGGCUCGGUUGUGGUUGCUAAAGAACCAUUACUGUCUCAAAUUCCAGGAAGUCGAAGGUCCCAAGAGCCACAGGGAAGCUCAAAGCCAAAAUCAUUUGUGAUGCAGCCGGAUGAGGGGAAUGGUUCUUCGCAUGUGAUCCACGAAGACAAUAGUGUUAUUGAUGGGAGGGCUUCUGAUUAUAUCAGAAAGGUACAUGAGAAAAACCGCAAUGAUGCACUUGAGACGUCAAAACUCACUCCAUACAUACCACCUCCUCCGCCACGAGCAAUUCCCUCUUCUGUUUGUUGUAUGCUUACCUUCUUCCUCACGGGAAAGGGGUCAGGGUUGAACCGGAGCUUAUAUCCUAGUAUGGCAAAAAACUUUUUGUGCCUGUGUACUGUGUAGGAUGCAUAUCCAUUUAAUGGCUCAUCAAUAUUUGUGUGGCAUCCUCUCUAAAGAAACACGGAUGCCUGUAAAAUAUGCUUUCAUAUUAUUGCUGGGUGUCAUGAUGGGAUCUUUUAACAACAUGCUAGAUACCUGGUUAGUUUAUAAUCAUGCAACGGCUUAUUUUUUUUUUUUUAAAAAAAGAGAAUCAUGCCAUUUGUCGUGAAAGAAAAUCAAGCAGCUUCUUCUGUGGGGAGAAGCAUACCAGUUGUUUCAAUAAAAGUUGAAGAUGACUUUGAUUGUGCUGUGAGACCAUAUGUAUUAGCGUGCCUGCUUAAAUGUCACAGCACGGGUUUAUCAGGAGUCUGAAGAUGAGCUCUGAGAGUUGGAAAAUAACCCGGCCAGCCUAUUCACUUGAUCAGGAGAAGUGAUGGAUUUGAGUGAGGGAUGAUGUACUAAUCCUAGUACUUGGUGGUGUUGCUGCUGAUCUGAGCACCACUUUGGCAGUUAUUCUGCUGUGAAACUGGAAACAAGUAAGAAGAAUAACAAUCAUGCAUGCGAUGCCAUAAUUGCUGACAAACGUGGCGAUCGAGAUGCCUAGCUAUAUCUUUGGUUGAAUUAAAAAACCGCACAAUCAGUUAUUAAUGCAGAGAAGCUGAUAAGAUUUUAAUUAUUCAUUCAAGGGAAAGGGUAUUUCUUUAGGAGUACUCACCUUGUUGAUCACGCGAAUAGCAGCAGACCAAGGGAGAGAGAUCUGGAAUCCAAUACUUAUUCACUUUUUGAGCUAUGUAUUCAAAAGGAGCUUUAUGUCGUGGCAGUGAGUCGUGUAGUGUGAUGGGGAGGGCAUAAAUUUUCCGUGUGAACAAAGCCAAUCAUCUUGAAAAUCUGUCUCAGAUAGUUGAAAUAUGAUCUUUUUAUUCAUAGCUUCUCUCUUCCAACAUUACAUCUUUUAGUGGAGUCCAUAAAAGGUUGCGACAAUCUCCUUGAGGAUAGGCAGGCGGCCAGCGAGUGCAGAUUCUUUUCCAUAAGAUCAUUAACAAGCUCUCCUUUUCUUUGUACGUAGCAGAUGCACUGUGGACUUGUUGUGUGCACUGAAUGUGUUUUUUUUUUUCUUUUUUAAUUUCACCCUUUUAAGAUAACAUUUAGGACCAAUUUUAAGUUAUAUUGUUAAGGGAGGCGGCCAAAAUUAAAAGACAGAAAAGGGAGUAAAAUGGGUGGUGGUUUCACGGUUUA